GCCACUGGACGCACUGGACUCAGUCAAUCCUUUGCUGCGUGCUACAGUGAGCUGCCCCAAGGAUUGCGCGCGUAAAUCUCCAAGUUUAAAUCGCCUUUCAAUGUCGACACACGUUAAUACUGAUUAGUGAUGUUCUAAGAAUAAUAAAAAAUUUAUAUUAUGCGGUUAACAAUGAGAAAAUGAGACUGAAGGACAAUGCCGGCGAUAUUUGUGGUUUUGUUUUGUUUUGUGGCAAAGACACUGGCUAGCUUGGAUCACUUGGAUACCACGGUUGAAUUUCAAUGCGCCCAGCAUUGUCCGAUGCAGAAUCGGACGGACAUAGGCCAUUACGACUACGCCUGCGACUACAAAUGCAACAUAGCUCAGUGUGCCAAAGGAUGCAAGUUAUGGCGAAAGGCUCUAAGUUUAACAUGCCAAGAUGCAUGUAAUAGCACUGCCGAGAGACCGACAACUAAAGAACUGUACUGCGUGAUGGGCUGCAACGACGCCAUAACGAAGUAUUUUACCCAACUGAGAGUUCUCCUGGGGCUUCCCCCAGCACCGGCUCUCUUGGCUGACUCCUUAAGCGCAACUUCCCUGAAACUGGAGUGGAACUUCUCGGUGGCUCGGAAAGCAGGGUUAAGUUGUCACCUUCAGUGGAAGUACGAAGAACUUUCCGCUUCGUGGCAGUACUGUAGGAACGUUAGUUGGGACCAGGACAGUACCAUAUUUUUCGUCGAAGACUUGCAACCGUAUACGAAAUAUAGAUUCCGAGUGGCGCUCAUCCUUGGCUACCACGGCCACCACGGUGACCCCAUCGUAUCCUCUCCUAGCCUCGUGAUCAGCACGCUGGCCUCAGGCGUCCCGGCGUCCCCGCCAACGAAUGUACGAGCCACUCCAGUCGACUCCACAAGUAUAAGCAUCAGCUGGGAACCCGGCCCAUUCCCGCACGGCCCUCUCCUCUCCUACGUGCUCCACAUUACCGAUAGUUCCCCCGAGGUUCAUUCAGAAGUCAAGGAUAUACCACCAGAAAAUUCUUUUUAUAUGGUUCGUAAUGUAAAGCCCUCAAGAAACUACGCCAUUGAUAUUCGCAUGCGAAACAACUAUGGAUCUGGCCCAGCUGCAACAGCUAUUGUAUCUACACCGUCAGAACCUCAGAUGAGAGAUACAGACGAAGAACCCAUUUUAAUCCUAGGCACUGAAUACAGCAUCUUUGAACUCACCCAUAUUCUAGGCGAACCUGUUGAUUUAUAUCGCAGCAAAGUUCAGCUCAAAGGUUUUGGUAUCCAUUUAAGCAAGAAACUGCUCUUCAUAGCCGAUUCAGAUGGAUAUGUAUCAAAAACACCUUUAAUGGAAGGUGCACAGGAAAAAAUUCAUGUACUUAAGCCUCAAAAUUUAGAUUUUAUACCACUGGAUUUAACAGUGGACUGGCUUAAUGAUCAGUUGUACAUUUUAGGUGAAGUCAAAUAUCAAGUUUCGAGGUACAUUAUCAAAAGGUGUAACCUUGACGGCAGUAAUCUAGCUGUAGCUUACGCUGGUCUCAAUAAGAAGCCAUUUUCAAUCCAGAUUGAUCCAUUUAGUGGAUAUUUAUUUUGGACAGUACAAGAUUACAACAGAGGAGGACUCUAUCGUUUGGACAUAUCUGAUAUCAGCAAUGGAAUCAAACAUGAAGUAAAAAUUAAAAAGCUGUUGAAUGAUACUGAACUGGGUGCUUUUACUGUUGACCAUACGUAUUUUACCUUACUUGUAUCUUACCAAAGAAGAAAUACAAUCAUGUCUGUAUCUUUAGAUGGGACUGUAAUCUCUGACCUAAGACCAACAGUAACGAACUCCCAAUUGCAAAAAGUGAUUUCUCUAGCAACAGCUAACAGAAAAUUUUAUUGGACUGAUGGGGUUGAUGUGUUCAAUGAAGAGUACCACAAAGCUUAUGACAGUUACUUUCACAAUACCAUACCUCAUUUAACUAAUGGCUCUUACAAGAAAGUUUUCAUAAAUUUACCAAGUUUUCAACCAUGGCCGGUACCAAUCAACCCUCCUACAAAUCUUGAAGCUGUUUUUGCAAGAAAUAUUGCAAAAGCUAGGUGGCAGAUGCCCCAUUUAUUAGGUGUUCAAAGUAAAGGAGCAUGGCAAAAUUGGACAUAUGAAAUUUCUGUAAAAGACGUUGACAAUAAACAAGUUAUUACAUAUAAUAAUAUUAAUACAACACACUUUACCAUAGAUAAUUUAAAGGAAAAUACUGAGUAUGUUUUAACAGUUGCUGCUUACACAAAGUCUGGUAAAGGCCCAUGGUCGUCAGAGUUUAGAGGAAUUACUCUAAAUCGAUAUAAAAAUCCUAUCAUCCUAUGGUCGGCGGCAGAAGGGCUUUUGAAAUCAAAUGCUGCUGGAGAGAAUGUUGAAACAGUCAUACAUAGAAGCAAAAUGAAGAAAUUCCACUUUACUGACAUUGCUUGGUUCAAGGACCAAUUGUAUUUAGUGACAAAUAACUCACAUGUAUACUGGUACAAUUUGACAUCACAUAAAACGGGCCAAUUGGAAGAUAUGGAAUCAGUAGGAAGCAUUGCAGUCGACUGGAUAGGCAAAAAACUUUAUUGGUCAAAUCCAAAACAGCAACUGAUUAUCCGUGGCAAUUUUAAUGGCACUCAACAAGAACCUUUGUUAACAGUAUUAGCCAAAGAAGUAAAUGUCGAUUCGAUAAAAGCCUACAUCUAUUGGUCGACUGGUAUUAAGCUUGAAUGUGCCCAUCUGAAUGGAGCGGAUAGAACAGAGUACCAUAACGUUCAGUUUUUUUCAGGCAAACAAAUUAUGGGACUGACACUGGACAUGGACGAAAAAUAUGUAUACUGGAUUGUUAGAGGAUCAGAAGGAUCUAACCUCUACAAAGCACCGAUGCAGGGUUAUUGGAUCGAUAAAAAAUACACUGCAGAAAUUGUCUCUGUGUUACAACAACCAAGCAUGCAAGGACCUUUGUGUUAUUUUCAUAAACGUCUACUUUGGCUACAGGACCAUAAAAAUGCUGCUAUAAGCGAUUUGUCAGGGAAAAAUAUUGCCACUAUAAACGGAAAAAACAUAUGGGGUUUAAAUAUGGUGUACUUAGUGGAUUCAUCUUUACACAUGUUACCAAAUAAUAGUAGUCCAGGCACUAAAAUCAAUGUAAUACCAGAAAUGUUAAAUAAUACAUCCAUAAAAGUAGUUGGUUCCUCUGAAUCUUUCAAUGUAACUUGGAAUCCUAUAAAAAAUGUCAACUAUGGAACAGUCUUCUAUGAAGUUCAGAUUGAUAGUCCUUCUAAGAGUGACUCAACUAUUAUAAAUACAACAAUUUGUUCUGUUAAAUACUGGCAUUAUGUAAGUCCAUUUACACCAUUAAAUGUAACUAUAAGGGCUUUCACAUAUUGGGGUACAUCACCUCAAGUACGAUCAGAAAUAUUUUCACCCUCUUCAAUACCCUCUGCACCAAGAAAUUUGAGAGCUUAUGUCAUGUUUGAACACAUUUCUCCAAAUGAGGAAAAAUAUGUGUCUGUAAUACUCAGAUGGGAUCAGCCACUAAACCCCAAUGGACUUUUACAAGGCUUCAAAAUAACAUGUUGGUAUAUGGAGAAUGAUGUAAAAAUAGAUGUUUGUAAAAAUAUUGUUACCGAGUCUAAUGAAACUCAGUACAAAGUUAGAGAUUUGGAAAACAACAAAAUGUACUACUUUGAGGUCCAAGCUUUCACAGAAAUCGGUUUAGGAGCAACUGCCGAUCCCAUUUCGAUCAUAUCUAGUCAGGAAAAGCCAUUGCCUACUCUCCUAGUUGCAUCGUCAGAAUCAAUUUUCAUCGAUGAUAUUGACGCAAAUCAGAGUCAUCCUGUGAUAGAUACAACAGCAAAUCCAAUAGAACUUGCUUAUUUAAUGAAAGAAAAUAACUUCUAUUGGAUAAAUAUUAGAAAUGAAUUGUUGAUGUAUAACACUUUAACAAAAAAUCCGGUGAAGAUAAUUGAUAUUUGGGGAACACCAAAGGGGUUAACACUAGAUUGGGUUGGAAGAAGUUUAUACUAUAUUGCAACUCUCAAUGAAGGUAGUGAGAUGUUUAUUUACAAAUUAGAUUUAAACCGUAUUGAUAAAAAUGUUAUCAAAAAUGAGGAAGUUUUUCAUACUGUGUCACAUAUAACAUCAAUUGAAGUUUCCCCUUUUACCAAAAAGUUAUAUUGGAUUGAAACGACUGAUCAUAUAAGGUUUCAGUUAAUGCAAAGUAAUAUCGAUGGAACUGAAAUUCAGCCAUUUUUCUCUCAACACAACCAUAACAGGAAAGAUUUAGACGGUAUAAGAAUUUGCAACUGUACAUUUUUCCAAGAAGUCGGUCCGUCUUUCACUGUGGAUCAUUCAGAUACCGUGACCAAGCCUCUAUUUGUAUUUGUCGAUCCAUACACUUUAAACAUCAUCUCAACCGAUAAAGAUGGUUGUAUUUGUAAUGUAGUAGCAAAUAAUACCAUUAUUAAUAACAAUUUAUCUUUGGACAAUUUAAAAUCUGACACUGGAACUUUGUACUGGACAAAUCCCUCCAAAAAUUUACUUUAUUUGUAUAAGAAGCAAGAAGGUAACAUACUAUCUAAAGAAAUAAACGUGUCAGACAUUGAUAUUUUUGGGCAACAUAUGCAGCCUUAUCCCUCAAAAGAAUGCCUGAGUCCAAAACAAUAUAACAAUUUUACAGUUUCUUUAAAUUACAAAACGGCUACAUCACUAAAUAUUUGCAUGCCAGAUGCAGUUAUCGAUGAAAACUGUAAUAACUUUUCAAUGGCUACAAUUGCAUAUAAUAUUUCCUAUAGGAUAUAUAAUAAUGAUGAUUUAGAUUGUUCCAAUGUAGAAGAAUGUAACGAAAAACUAUCCUUUGACAAAAAUGUUGAUUUAGAAGGACUGAAGCCAUACACAAAUUAUGUUGUGUCGGUAUCUCUAAGUAAUUACUUCACUGAUGCUAAUGAAGUUCUAGUUGGUUCCCCCAGUAUUUUCCAAACUGCUCCAGGUGUCCCUUCUGAACCUCAAAAUGUUACUGUACAUAUUAUAAAUCCAACUUUGGCAAGAAUUAAUUGGCUGCCACCGGAAGAAUUGAAUGGUAUAUUAGUGUAUUAUGAAAUUCAUUGGCAAACAGAAGGCUCCUUGUCUGGAGUAAGGCAAAAAGGCGAACAGCCAGUACCAGACACUCAUUCUGAAAACAACACUAUGCUUACAACACUCUUACACAAACUAUCACCAAACGAAACUUACACAAUAUGGGUAAGAGCCUAUAGCGAAACCAAUGACUCCUCUAGAGAUAGUGAAAAGGUACAGAUAACCACUUAUCCUGAACCAGCAAGUUUCAUUUUGACAAAUAGGACAGCUUAUUCUAUGAAACUUUCUUGGCAAAUUAUUAAACAUAUUAAGAAUUAUAGCGUAGAAUAUACACCAAUUACAUCUAACGAUUGGAAACAAAUCGACACAACAGAAGAGAAAAAUGAUAAAACUCACAUUAGUAUAGACGACUUGAAACCUAAAACGCAGUAUAAAUUCAGGCUUGUUCUUUUUUACGAGGAUGAUACUGAAUUAUAUAUGUGGCCAUCAGAUGGUAGAUUUACUUUCGAAACAUUAGGUGAUCGACCUAGCCCCCCUGGUAUCCCAUUAAUUCAAUAUGUGAAACCAAAUAUAUAUAAAGUAUGGUGGGAGGCCUCUAAAGACAAUGGUGCUCCAAUAGAAUUGUAUAAGCUAGAAGGAAAAAUUCUUAUAUCUUACAGAAACAAAAGAAGUACCAAUAGGACAGAGCCAUGGUUUAAUACAUCCCCUUCGAUAGAAAUAGAAGAACCCGAAUGGGAAAUAUUUUAUAAUGGAACAGAUACCUCUUGGAUAAUGGAAGGCUUAGAUGACAAACAGAAAUAUGCUUUUCGUGUGUCUGCCUUGAAUUCAUACGGAUGGAGCGACACAAGUGAAGAGAGUAAUGAAUUUGAUCUAAAUGAAGCUGCGAGAAUGGCGGAAAAAGAAAAUCCAAUGAAAUUAAUACUUGUAGCUACAACGGUGCCUAUAUCUAUAUGUGUUAUUCUAGUCACAGCAUUCUGUUAUGUUAUGUGCUCUGGAAAGCGGAAGCCAAAGAAAGUACCGCAGUUGGUGUCCAUUCCUAGAGCUCCAGAUGUAGAACUGGCUACGUUAAGGGAAUUGCCACGAAGAGGAGUCCAUAAUACAAAUGUUCUUUAUGUGUCAGCUCAACAACCUCCAGAAGAAAUAACCCUGUUGCCACAUAUAAGAAGAGAUCAAAUAACAUUAACAAAAUUCUUGGGAAGUGGCGCAUUUGGGGAAGUAUUUGAGGGCAAAGCUAAAGGAAUUGAAAAUAGCAAUGAAGAUACGAAAGUUGCUAUAAAGACCUUAAAAAAAGGUGCAUCAGAUCAAGAGAAGAGUGAAUUCCUUCAAGAAGCUCAACUUAUGAGUCACUUUAAACACAAACAUAUUCUACAACUUCUUGGAGUUUGUCUUGACAAUGACCCACACUUCAUUAUAAUGGAGCUUAUGCAAGGGGGAGACUUACUUACAUAUCUAAGAGAUUCCCGUAAUCCAUCAACAAAUACUCCUACAUUGAAUCUAAUGGAACUCCUGAAAAUGUGCGUAGAUGUGUCGAAAGGAUGUAAAUAUUUGGAAGAAAUGCAUUUUGUUCACAGAGAUCUAGCUUGUCGAAACUGUCUUGUGUCGUCUACAGAAACUGAAUCAAGACUAGUAAAGAUAGGAGACUUUGGUUUAGCUAGAGACAUUUACAAGAACGAUUACUAUCGAAAAGAAGGAGAAGGCCUUCUACCAGUCAGAUGGAUGGCGCCAGAAUCCUUAGUUGAUGGUGUUUUUACUAGUCAGUCCGAUGUUUGGGCUUUUGGAGUGCUUUUAUGGGAAAUCAUGACGUUGGGACAACAACCUUAUCCGGCUAGGGCCAAUCUGGAGGUGCUGCACUAUGUCAGGAGAGGUGGGCGAUUGGGAAAACCAACUGACUGUCCAGAAGAAUUGUACAAACUCAUGCUGAAGUGUUGGGAGUUUGAAGCAGAAAACCGUCCAACAUUUAAAUUUUGCUUAAGUGUACUGGAAAACCUGCAUCAAGACCUAUUAAGGAAUCCUACCACAGGCGCUCAUGAAGGGCAGUACAUAAGCACUGUGCUUGAACGAAACUCGUGGAAAAACGAAGCUGAAGAUGAAUCAAGCAAGGAAAAAACACCAUUCUUGCAACGGGAAAAAAAUUAUUCAGCAAAAAAUGUACCAAAAUAUUUAGAAUUGGUUUAUGACCCUGAUCCCGAGGAAAAUGAUGGCUAUGAAAUUCCAAAUCUAAUGACAGAACAAAAUUCAUCAGAGAUUGUGACUGAACAAAAUGAUUCUGAUUCAGAAAACAACAACAGUUUAAAAACAAAUGAGGACCGCAAUGACAAUAACACUCUGAAAAAUUUCACUGAAUCAGAAAAAGCUGAGAUAUCAUGAUAUAUUUGUUAAAAAUAUAUUUUAUUUAUUGCUGUGGCCUUGAUAAGUGCAAAUUUGUAUAAAUUACUUAUAGUUAGUAGUUCUUUUAUUGUUAUUAACUUUUUGUUUACCAAGAAAUGCAUAUCAAAAAUGUGUAUGAAAUAUACAAAAAUCUUGUAUACUGUUUGCUUUUUUUAUUAAUGACAUUCAGAUUAGUGUAGGAUCUGAGAAUUGGUAUCUAUUUAAAAAAAAAUCUUCUGAAUUUAAUUUAAUAAUCAUAAUUUCAUAAAACUUAAAAUAUUACUAUUUUCAUUAAGUCAAAAGAAAGUAAAUAAUGAUAUUAUAGAUGUGGUUAUCACCACAAUAGAUAUUAAUUUUUUUCAUUUCUUUGUAAUGAAAUGUAUACGAUAGUGAAAUGUCACACUUCCAGUAUUUUUUUAUUUUGUUCUCCCUAUAUUUUAAAUU